CUUCUCUGUCAAAGUCAGAUACAUAUUCAAACGUAACCUUUUGUAUUCUUCUCCUCAGUCUCUCUCUCUCUCUCUGAGAUUGUCUGUCUCUGUUUGUUUAGGGUUUCAGUGCACUCUUCUUGUUAAUUUUCUAUUCAAAUCUUAGGUUUAGGCAAUGGAAGAGUUAUCGUCUACGCUUAGCUUCAAGGUGAGGACCACGCGGAUAGCCUCUGUUGUGGAAGCCAUGGCUGUGGACACUUUUCUUACUGCUGCAAAAUCUCUCAUUUGUUUUCUCAUACUGACAGGAUCUCUAAUGACUGACAUCAAUCAUUCAGUGUUGACAAAAUUGACCACAAUGGAUGGAAGAUUUCCUUUCGAUGAUCUCUCUAAAGGAAAACAUGCUUACCUUAAAAACAAGGAUGCUAGUGAUACAGAUCAAGAUGAGGAUGAAGAAGAUGAUGAUGAUGCAAAUGAUCAGGAUGAUGAGGGAGGAGAUGAGGACUUCUCAGGUGAAGAAGGUGGAGAAGAGGCUGAUCCUGAGAAUGAACCUGAGGCCAAUGGUGCAGGAGGAAGUGAUGGUGAUGAGGACAAUGAUGAUGAUGGUGAUGAUGAAGAUGAUGGUGAAGAUGAAGAAGAGGAAGAGGAUGAAGAUGAAGAAGAGGAAGAAGAUGAGGAGGAGGCUCCACAGCCACCUGCUAAGAAGAGGAAGUGAAAUUAUUGCAGUGGGUAUAGUGUUUUCUUUCUCUACUAUGUAAUGCCCUAGGCAAUCUUAGGACAGGAUUUUAUUUCAAGUGGACCUAUCUCCCCAUAAAAUAGCUUAAUGUAUUCUCGUUGAUGUUAUUAAUUAUUAUUGUUAAUUUUGGCCAACAUUGUUUAGUGGUAUGAUGUGAUAGUUGAACCAUCCUUAUUAUUAUUGUACCCCCAAUUGUAGAAAAAGAAAAAAAAAACAGCUAACUAUUGGCUCCAUGUGGGACAACGAUCAUUUUAU